AAUUCCAAGCAAGGAAGUGAAGUGUUCAAACAAAGAAGUUACGAAUCGUCAAAGGACGGAAUCGGCUAUGAUCGACGUGGAAAAACUUACCGACAUGAGCUGUCAAGGACUACAAUCUUUUUCGUUGAGCACGACGGCGGAAAGCGCAAAGCCAACGUGGAACACGAAGUCUCGAAAUUACAAAUGUUCGCGCGGAAGCAACAUAACCUGUGGCAUGCUACCGACUCUACGUGCCCUUGCAUCCCGAGAAUGCAACGAUCAAGGUAGCAUCUGUAUGGUACCGCUCGACGUCGAGAUGGACGCUGCCAGUCAUCUUCAAAUGAUUUUACUCGAGGCUUAUUGCCGUGAAAUUGGAAUAAGAGUAUCGAGAGUACCAUUACGUACGCUGCAAAACUUACUGGGUCCGGGACAUUCGGAUCUCUCCUGCGUUCUCAUCGACGAACCUUACUUCGUGGAUCCACCGGAAUGACGAAGAGGAACGAUUCAGUUUCUCUCCGGAUACGAUAUUGAGAAUUGAACAUUGACAAUACGUCGAAAAACGCGUAAAUGCGUACUUACGUGCGCUUGAAUCAGCGCGGGAGGAACAACCAUCGAACUACGACGAUGUUUUUUGGCAUCGAUUCGCGCCUUCGGAUUGGUCGAUCCUUCUACGCAGAAAAAACACAUGACCUACAUCUUUCCAGCGAAUCGCUUCGUCAUCUUCUCACGUGACUUCGCUCUAUAAUGUAACAAAAGUCUAUGGAUUAUCGAUAUAGCUAUAUUUUUUCUAUCACGUGGUACGAUUCAUAUUGAUUUGUACGAUCGAUUGUUACAAAGAAAUAAAGAUAUAAGAAAGUUGCGAUUGGAGUUGACACGGA